AUGUUCGCCGUGUUGUGGCCCGAAAUGUCCGCGCUCAACUGAACUCACCGUUCCUUUUUGGAUCAUAGAUAUUCGAGAAAGAGUUCAUUUUCGGCAAAUUGUAAGUUCCUUUCAGAUGAUUGAAAAGAAGCUCGAACUCAUUUUAAUCUUUCACCAUUUACAAAAAAAAGCUUCUGCCAAGAAGUUACUUAAAAUGUAAAUAUAAUAUUUAUGUGCCAGAAAUCUAAUGCUUUCCAGCAUCUUUCCAGCUUAAUCGAAGUUUCAAUAACCGUUCCGACCUCAGGCCGCCCUCAAAUAACCUCACCGCUCCCUUUCGGAUCAGAGAUGUUCGAGAAAGAGUUUAUUUUUGGCAAAUUGUAAGUUAACUUCAGAUGAUUGACGUUCAAGAUCCGCUUUUAGAUCGAUUGGAACAGAAUGAUCCUUUACGUCAUCGGCGCCGCCUGUCUUCUGAUGAGCCUGAGUGUCUGUAAGAAGGAAAAGAAAAUGGCUCCGAGCGUUCGACAGAAAACGCAAUUCACUUCGCCGACUUCGAACAAAAGCGGAGACAGCUCAACCGAUAAGGUUAUUCUUAGCUGAGAGUUUCGAAUGAAAAGAAUUGCAGAGUAAGCAGACGAGUCCGACGAGAGAAACGGAAAAGGAAGCUUCGUCGAAUAGUAAGAAACCGAAAGACUCGAGAAAAACGGAAGAGCCGCCGAAGGAGGAGAAAGUGAAGAGCGUAACGAAGAAGAAUGCGACGCCGCUUGAGGAGACCGCGACACAGACGCUCGGUCCCAUCAGUUUGCCGGCAGAAGAGCCUGUGAAUGAAGCGAAGAAAGACGAGGAGGGCAAGCGGAAAGAGUUCAAGCCGCCGGAGAAGAUUCAGAAAGCAGACGCGAAGGAUCCGCAGUACGAGACGCUGGCUGAAAUCGACAAGAUGAUUUUCACUUUAAAACAGAAAGAAGGAGAAUGA